AUGUCCCGAUCAACCCCCCGUCGACGCGGCGGCGGCCACGCCCGCCACUCCUCCCAAGGAAACCCAAUCUCCGGUCCCCGCCCCGUCCAAUCCGACUACGAAUCCGACGCGGCGCACUACAUCGACUCCCACCCCGUCCCGGACCCGAACCCAGCCCUCCUCAACCGCACAAACACGGACCUCAACCUCUCCGUCCUCCGCCGUUACCUCCCCUCCAUAAACUCAACCCUCUCCAUCGCCGCCAACGCCGUCGUCUACACCUUCAAUCCCACCCUCCCGGGCUGGGACAAGACGGGCAUCGAGGGGACCUAUUUCCUGUGCAUGCAGGACCCCGUCCCCGGCGCGGCACCAAAUCCGAGAGCAUGCAUCUUUGUGUUGAACCGUCGCGGCCUGGAGAAUGUGAUUCUCGAUCUCAGCGAGGUGGACGACUUUGAAGUCAUGGACGAGAUCUACAUCUUUCGCCUACGCGGAACCAGCGAGGAGGCGGCAGAAGGAACCAACAAAGUCAUGGGCAUCUGGAUCCACGCAGACAAGGAGGACACGCGCGUUAUGAACGCCGCCCUCAUCUCCGAGACGCUGAGACACGUCCGCCUCGCCCAGGAGCAGAACGCCGUGGCUGGUUUCGGCGGCCCCGGUGGACCAGGCGGCGAAGAGGAGCUGGGCCCCGCGAUGCAGGCCAUUGGCCGGAAGCUGAGCUUGAGCGACCUGUUUGGCGCGCAGAAUGGCCUCCAGGGUUAG